UCAAUUUUCACACACCGCCAUGAGCAGUAAGCUUCGGGAAGGGAGUGUGUAUUGUAUUGUAUUUUAGUUAUUUAAUUUUGGUUUACAUAUAAAAUAAUUAUUAAAUUUUAAUAUUUUAAUGGUAAUUAACAAUUAUAAAUUUGUAUGUGAUAUAAAUAAUUAAAGAAAUCAACUAAACAAUGUCUGCGGCUGGAUCUAGUGGAUCUGGGAGAGGACGUGGUAGUGGAACCGGUGGUAGUACACCUACUACAGCAACUGUUAGUGAGACGAAACCAGACAAUAAAGAAAGCAAACCAAAUCCGAAGAUGUCAAAAGCUCUUGGUACAUCUGCUAAACGUAUUCAAAAAGAGUUGGCAGAGAUUACUUUAGAUCCACCACCAAAUUGUAGUGCUGGUCCGAAAGGCGAUAAUUUAUAUGAAUGGGUAUCCACAAUCUUAGGUCCACCAGGAUCCGUGUAUGAAGGCGGUGUUUUCUUUUUAGAUAUUCAUUUUUCACCCGAAUACCCAUUUAAACCCCCAAAGGUAACAUUUAGAACACGAAUAUACCACUGUAAUAUAAACAGUCAAGGCGUUAUUUGUUUGGACAUUUUGAAAGAUAAUUGGUCCCCAGCAUUAACCAUUUCGAAAGUGUUGCUGUCAAUUUGUUCCCUUCUAACAGACUGUAAUCCGGCUGAUCCAUUAGUUGGCAGUAUCGCAACACAAUAUCUACAAAAUCGUGAAGAGCAUGAUCGUAUCGCUCGACUUUGGACAAAACGUUAUGCAACGUGAUAUGUGUCAAAUUACUAUAAACAAAAUGGAUCUUAUUCCUUGUUCGCCCCACAUUAUCCUUCCCAAACAUUAUAUUGUGUAUAGACAGGUUUAUUAUUCUUGUGGUCGAGUCAAAAAAAACAACACACUACUACAAAUAACUACCUUACAAAAAAAACUUCGAUUUAUUCAUUAUAUUAA